AUGGUGGUUUGGGUGGCUGCUGUGGAGGCUGAGAUUGGGAAUGCGUGGUUUGUGGGUGAUGUUGAUGAAGAGACUCAAGAUGAAAACAACAACUCAGAAGAAGAAGGUGGUUAUGAUGGAGAUGAUGAUGAUGAAGUACAUGGUCCACUACAUAUGUAUGACAGACAAAGCAGAGAAAUGACAGUAGAAGAAAAGCGCCAUUUAGUUGAUGAGAUCAUGCUUAAUAUGGAGGGGGACUCAUUGCCAAGGGGAUUUUUAUCCAGUUUGGCAAGAAAGCAUCAUGUGCAUAGAUCAACAACAACAAGAUGGUUUAAGGAGUACACUGAUGAAUUUUUAACAUCAGUGCCUUUGUACAAAAGACAAACUGAAAGAGGAUAUGCUGCAGCACUUAAUGUGUCAAAGUCAGCUAUUCACAGAUUAAGGAAAAGGGGUAGAUUGAGAACACACACAAGCACAAACAAACCAGCACUCACUGACCAGCAUAAAAUAACAAGAAUGAAAUGGGUUCUAAGUCACAUAACCCCAAUUCCAGCAGAAGGGGACCCUUUAUUUGAAGACAUGCAACAAUGUAUACACAUUGAUGAAAAGUGGUUUUUUAUAAAUCCAGAAACAAGGACAUUCUACCUCCUCCCAGCUGAAGACAAUCCAUACAGAGCCCAACAGUCCAAAAGGUUCAAGAUAAAGGCUAUGUUUAUGGGUAUGAUUGGGAAACCAUUGUAUGAUGCAAACAAACAAUUAUUACAUGAUGGGAAGUAUGGUCUUUUCCCUUUUGUGAAGUAUGAGGAAGCAAAGAAAAAGAGUUAA